AUGUGUCUUCGGAGUGCAAGAAACCAGAGCUCCUUGGAACACGCCAGUUGCAAGCGACAUUUCUGUCUGGUUGCUUCCAAGAAGUUCUCUUCAAUGGUAAACAAACUUGUUGUAGUGGUUGGCGGAGACAAAGAUGAAGGCCAGACGGCAGUAAUGGAGAGGUAUGCAAACCGAAAAGGAGGCAACUGUGCUGAUCAUGUUUCACCAAUUGCAUAUCUUGAAAAGGGCGCAGAGAACUACCAUAAUCUGGCGAUUUCGUUUCUGAGGCCAGGAUCUCCGCCUAGGAAAUAUCUUCAGUUGUUGCUCAACAACGGUUUGUUUCCGCUUUGUGUCAACAUGACUGACCCUGACGGGAAAAUUGUCGACAGCCAGUGCGUGUUUUUGAAUUUGUUUCCAGGUGCUGAAGCCAACGAGAUGCUCCCCCUAAUUGAAUUAAAUCUUCACGAUUGUGAUGAUAGAUUCGUUUUGCGAGAACUCCACAAAGUGACGGUUUCUGGAAUGAAGUGCAUUGGAUUGGACUUGUGGAACGCAAGGCUUUGGCGCAACAAACGGAAGUUCAUUGUGUUUGAGCUCGUUUUUGAUAUUGUUUUUGCAAAGACAAUGUUGAAGAAAUUCACGGGUAUUGCCUUUAUUUGGGUUGGAUGGACGAUGCUGGAGAGGAGCAUGUCGACUCAGAACCAUUUUGCCGCAGUCGGAAUUAUGAGCUGCGACAAGAAGCAUGCCUGGAUUGCAAGUGGAAUGCAAGAUAGCUGGAAUCAGCAUUGCAGUUGCAUUUGCUGCACACAACCAAAUAUCACCUACAUCGCGAACCCUCCAGAUUGGCUGCUAUCCAAGCAAGCAGUGGCAGAUUCAAAAGAUUACCCACUUCGCAUGGGCAGAUUCUCCACCAAGAAGUUGCACAAGAAGUAUGUAGAGAAGGCAGAAGGGAAACCACUUUCAGCCGCUCAAUUGAAAGCAAUCAAAAUUGAAUGUACAAGUGUGCAUCAUGAUCCAAUCCUCUAUAUGCAUCCCUCAAAGGUACAGAAUGGAGGCCUGCGUAUUAGUUCCGGAAUCAUCAACCAUAUGAAAGAUGGUCUGGAUGGUGGGCUAUCAGCAAUUGACAAUGAGGUCAUUGAAGGUGAAACAACGUGGAUGCAGAAUGUGGAGGAAACAAAGAAGGAUUGCAAACCGUCCAAAGAUGAUGAUCAAGCUUACAAGGAUUUGAGAACAGAGAGCCUUGAAAUCUACCGCAGGAUCAAAAGUCUCAAGUAUACACUAAGCCCAAAGGGAAGAAGAUAUGCUACUAUGACAGAUGAGACACUACAGUCUACAAGGGACCAGAUAGCUGAACUCGAAUCAUUGCCAGUAAUUGUUGAAUGCAAUACCCAAAAUCAGCUUCGAAUCACUGGUAAACAUCUUGUGGAAAGAAUUGAUGCAAAGGGCAAAGCACAAUACACUUUUCGUGUUGCAAUUCAACACACUGGCUGCACUUUCCAAGCACAACAUGGUGGGAUGGAACUUUAA